CUUUUCUAGUGCUCCAUGAGCCUUCUUGGAAACUAUCGCAAGAAGACCAAUUAUGACGGUUACGAAUCUUUGCAUUUGGUGGACAGCAGUGCAGGGGAUUUGGACAGCAGGCUGCGACCAGCUGAUGCAGUGCAGACGGAGAACCCAGCGACAGCCUCACUAACAGCGAGCGGCCCAUUUCCGCAGCCAGACCGCUACAGCACCAUGGACAGCUCAGGCACCUCCUCUCCAGACAUGGAACCCACAUUUGGGGGAGGACUGCUGGACAUGGUAAAAGGAGGAGCGGGACGACUUUUCAGCAACUUAAAGGACAACCUUAAAGACACCUCAACAAAGGUGAUACAAUCUGUAGCAAGAUGCUUCGGAACAGGUAAAGCUGUUUUAGAUACUGUGGUUGAAGUGGAAACCUCGUCAGAUAAUAUAAAGAGCACAGGACAAAGCACGUUUUUUCCAACUCUUGCCUGGCAAGAAACAAAAGGUGAUAAGAAUGGUGCUAAUCCUUCCUCUGAAGACCGAACAGCUCUUGUAAAUGAGGAUAGUGAGCCAUCGGAUGAUGAACUUCUGUCCCUUUCAAGCCAGCACAGCGCUACUAGUGUGGAAAAACAGCAUGGGACACCAAAAAGUGGCAAAAAGCAGGCACUGUCUCGAUCUUCGGCACCUGAAAGUGUAGAUCUUCUUGACUUCAAUGGAGGUGCUACGAGCCAGACCUUUCAAACUACUGCUCAAGCCAAACCUCUGCCAAGUAACUCUGACUUACUCAGUGACUUGUUUGGUAGCACCUCUUCCAUUCCAUCAACACAGGGCAGUAGUGGUGCUCCAGGCUCAGCACAUUCUACUCCUCGUAGGUCUGCAGGUUCUCCCUCUUUAUCAUCCUCACCGAAAAUUAGUGAAGGAACAGCGUUUGAUCCAUUUGACUCUCAGGCCAAGCAACAGAAUCCGGAUUUGCUUGGUGUUUUCCUCAAUCGAAGUGGUGCAGGUUCUCCAGUUGGACAAGCUGACCCCUUUCUUCAAACAGCAAGGACACCAUCUCCAACUCCACAAACCACUGCUGGUGAUCCUUUCAGUAUGGGUAGAGUCUCCCCUGGUCCCCCAUGUACUCCAACUGUGUCUGUUCAACCAGAUAUAAUGGGAAAAUGGGGCUUGGGAUCCUCAAAUCUACCUGGAGGUUCAACGGUUUGGGCAAACAAAACACCUCCUUCAGGUGGAGUUGGUGGAGCCAGUAGAUCAGCAAAUACCAGUCCUACCGGCUCACUACAUUGUACUCCGACUCAUCAGCGGAAGCCACAGACACUGGAUCCAUUUGCUGACUUGAGUGCUCUUGGUGCCAAUUUAGCAGGUGGUUCAGCAUUUUCAAGUAAACCCACCACACCCACUGGAACAGGAGGAUCUUUUCAACCAAUGGGCUCACCACAGAAACAAUCCCCUCAGCCAGUGGGAGGAAGCUCUUGGCAGCAGAACACAGGAUUUGCUUGGCAACAAGGUUCAUCUACCUGGCAACAACAGCAAACAAAACCACAACCAACAAAGCCCCAGCAACCAAUACCCCAGUCAUCUCCACAGAAUAGACCAAACUAUAACGUCAGUUUUUCUGGUGUGAUUGGUAAUCGAGAUGAACGUGGGCCACGAGGACCUGCAUAUGGAACUCGACCAAAAGUUGCAGAUAGUAACUUUGAGGACUUGCUGUCAAGUCAAGGGUUUGCUUCUCAAAAGGAUAAGAAGAGUCCUAAGACAAUAUCUGAAAUGAGAAAGGAGGAGAUGUCCAAAGAAAUGGAUCCAGAGAAAUUGAAGUUAUUGGAUUGGAUUGAAGGGAAAGAAAGAAAUAUACGGGCGUUACUGUCAACAAUGCAUACUGUUUUGUGGGAAGGGGAGACCAAAUGGAAGCCUGUCGGCAUGGCAGACCUGGUAACUCCUGAACAGGUGAAAAAAGUCUAUCGGAAGGCAGUACUCGUUGUACAUCCUGAUAAAGCCACUGGUCAGCCAUAUGAACAAUAUGCCAAGAUGAUAUUCAUGGAAUUGAAUGAUGCCUGGUCAGAAUUUGAAAGUCAAGGUCAAAAGCCUCUGUACUAAUUUAACGUAAACUACUUGCUUGUAUUUCCAGGUGACUCUGUACCUAUGCUAAAUGUACUUUCUUUUGCUUUAUUGUUGAUGUACUUUGUUUAUCACCUGUAAACUUGUAUGCAGGCACUCAUUUAUCACAUUAAUUGUUUAAAUGGCAGUCUCAACUUAAGAACUCUGUUUUAUUUAUCUGUUUACCCUUUCACGUGAGGUUUUGGUAAGAUUACAUUGAAAACAGAAAAGAAAACAUGAGUAUCUUUUGAGAUAAAGGUGACAUUUGGCCCUUACUUUGUGAUUUUGAUUGCAAUGCACACUGCCUAAAUCUUAUCUCUAUGCAUAUCUCUUCAUUCUGUUCUGAAAUAUGUUUUGUGAUUUUUGUCACAUUACAGCUGUACAAUUUUCAUUUGAAGUUGAUAGUUUAAUUAAGAUUGUUACUAAUUGCUGGACAAUGUAACAUCAUUGAGUCUCCAUCAAAACAUAGACAUUUAUGACAAGCUUUACAAUAUCAUUGAUAAAAUCAUCUCCCGAUAAUCAGUAUUACUCACUAGCAACUUCGGUCACCAUCUAGUUUGAGGGCCACUCGAGAUUGUUGCAAUAUGCUGCAUUGUGAAGUAAGGUGGUGUGACUCUGUUUCCCACAAGUCCUAAUGCUAUAAUGAACAAUUGCCAAGUGUACGAACACAUGCAGCAUCACGAACAAAAGCAAAUCAUACAGGACGAAUAGUUGUACUUGUAGAUUGUCAUGAAAUCUUUUCCUCUGCUGCACAGAGGCUGAAGCAACCAGUAAUGUUUCACUGGUUUAUUUUGCUGAAUUGGAGAACUGCACUGAUUCUCUGGAAGAUCAACAACCCUCAAACUGGAGGCUGUGAACGAAGACGGAGAUGUAUUGAACAAGAAGUCUUUGGAAGAUGUCUGCAAAUGGACAUUGGGCUGUUUUAUGAUCACUCUUUUGUGUAGAAGGUAAACUGUUUCCUUCAGACAGUUUCUCGUGUUUAGUUUAAUAGAAAAUUUAAGAUGUUAACUUGAGAAUUAUUCCCAAUAUUUUAUUUAAAAGAUGUCAUUUUGUUCAUAUGUACCAUAUAUGAUUUGAAUAUUCCAUUUUUAACAUCUUUCUUUACUCUGCAGUCUGUGAUACUACAGAAAAGUUAAACUAUUUAUUGUCCUUUCACAAGAGAGUGUGAAUCAUGUAGAUCAUUAACAUUUCCAAAUACAAGAGCUUUACAGUGUAAUCUUUAUGCCUGCAUAUACAGUACAGAAAUUCUGUUAACCCUGAUCUAAUACUUGUUUGCUCUUGUGGGAUAGGGUGGGGAGGCAAGGGAGGGUUAGGUUGAGAGAAUGUUAUGUUAAUGAUGUAGUCUGUGUUUGCUACAUCUGACAUCAAGUUAUUUGAAAUAUAGCUAUUUAAAAAUGUCUGUAAUUUGUAGAUUAUUGUCUUCAUUCCAACUUGUACAUAACACUGGCUGUAAUUGACAUGAAAUAAAGACAAAUUUGUGUUGCUGAA